AUGGCGAGCUUUACUGCCCUAAAUAUCGAGCCCGCGGAGGACAUUCAGGAAGAGGUUGACGAUACUAAAGAGCUUCAGAUCGAAGAGGCUCUCAAGCUGUAUCAGAAUGCUCUCAAACUUCAUUCUCAAGGACCAGCCUUCUACCCACAGGCCAAAGCUGCAUAUUCUGCUCUCUUACAGUCCGAAAUUUUCAAAUACCCAGAAGCGAUCUCGGACUAUCAACGGAGCGCCCUGACAGACGGGGAUAACGAAGACGCUGCUAUCGAUGCGCUUGGUGAGAUCGACGUCAACGAUGCGGCCGCGAGUGCAUUGCCUCGAACGAUCUUUCUAGCGUACAAAAACAAUGGACAGUUUAUCUUGGAUCUUGUGAAGGAUAUGCUUCGGCGGCCGUUAACUGCGGACGAACGGCGUUUGCAUAUAUUGGACGGAUCACGGUCUGCUAUGAAGAUCUUUGCGUCGGCCCUUGAAAGGGAUGAUACAGAUUUGGAUCUUUGGCGGAAAAGCGCCCGCAUAGGGGCCGCUUUGAACAGCUACCGUCUGGCUCGAUAUUGUCUGGAGAGCGUUCUAGUCGGCGACGACAAUGAGGUUGAAGUGCGAACUGAACAGCUAGGUUUGGAUGAGGCAUUUGCUGCGGAAGACCUUCGAAAUUUAGUCCAAGCGCUGAAGGACGAGCUCUCCUCUAUCCAGGCACCUCCAUUGAGGAAACCACGACCGUCACUAUUUCGAUUUUUCGGAAACACUCCCAGGAUCUCUACCCCUUCUUCUACUCCGAAUCAACCAUUAAAACGUCAUAUUAUGGAAUCUCCUGUUAGAACAUGGGAUGGCGUGGGCAAAGCCAUCAUGCAACUACUGACGGAGAUACAGAGAAAACCAAAGGUCCUGGAGUCUGGCGCUGCUGUAGGUAUUGAAAUACCAUUCCAAGAGGUUUCACCACAAAGUCCAGGCGACAACACACUGCCAGUAUCUGCGAAUCCCAGUGUCUCUGAGAAGACUACGACAAUCCUUGAAGCUCCAAAUAUGAUCGACCCAGUAGAUGACCAGUCUUCGAUUGAUCAGCAUGCGGAAUCACAGCUUAGAGAAUCUCUUGAAGGGUUUUCUAAACAAUCUGCCGAGAGUCAGGGUACGAUAGCAGAAGAGAAGCUAGAUGAUAACGUCGAUAGCAAAUCAUCCAAUGUCAAUCCUAGAAAACGGUCAUCAACAUCUUUGGCGAAUGAUGAGACGGGGGAGAAUUUAAGGGCGAAAAGUCGUCGUAUUCGUGCCAGGGAGUCGAAUGUGGAAAGCCUGCAGCAGACAGAGGACAUCAAUCUCGAUAACAGAUAUUUCGAAGACCGUCUAGAAGAUUUUGCGCAUGCUGAUAGGUGGAUGUUUGGGACUCUGGGCGAACUGCUCUUGAAAGCAGGCGUUGACGUUCUCGGAACGGUAGACGAUCUCAAAAAGCAAAUGUUACUGGCGAAUAGUCCAAGUUCUUAUCAGUCACAAGAUAUCGAUUCGACUCUCGUUCAUGACCUCCAAAGCGCUCUCAGAACGUGGAAUGAAGAAAAGUCUCGUUCUGCUAUGCAGGGAGACAGCUCUACUGCGUUACUGGACAGCCGUGGUAGACAACGAUCCGGAUUAGCAAUAUUUCUCGAUCAUUCACGGAAGUCUACGCAGAAAACCAGCAAAAAGAAGCCGCUGUUUGAAAGCAGUGGCUUAGCUGAAUUUACGUCGAAUAUCAAUGAAUGCUGGCUUCAUAUCCACGAAAUUGCCUUCCAAUGGUUAAGCAGUCUUCUACAACCUGGGAGGGCCCAGUUCUCUCAUGCAGCUUCUGACAGACAUUCAACAGAAUCUUCUUACGUGUCUUUACCGUGGCCAGAGGGUUUGAAGGAGACAAUAGUGCAGCUUCUCAUUCACGAAGACGCCUAUAUCUACGAGAGAUUGUCCGACUUCAUUGCUGAAACGGAACAGCAAGCUUUGCAUCAAGCGAUGACAGACACUUCUCUGACGUGUACGAGUGACCUUUACGCCAAAGUGGAAAUGGUACAAACGAUACAUGAGCUUCACCUGGACAUUCAUGCUCAUAUGAAUAACCCCAAUAGCGAGAUCGAUCAGGACACCCGUGCUUUACAACGUGAUCGCUUAACCAGAUGGGGUGCGUUAGCCCAAACGGCGGUCAACAAUCUCUUGGAUACUGAACCAGGGAAUAAGCAACUUGAUAAGAUCUCUCUUCGCCACCUUUGGUCAAUGACAUUUUAUUCAAAUAUGGCGGAGGACGUUAGCCGUGAUCAUAUCCUACGCUGUCUUCAGGAUCUCAAAGAAGCCUUGGUCUCGUUCGGUAAUCCAGAGAUAACACUUACUAAUAAUGCGUUCAUGCCCGAAGUUUCUGCUGCGGCUUUAGAUCAGGAAAUAACCCGCCUCAAUUCCAUGGGUUUCUUCAUGAGAAUUUUUGGAUCAGAUGGUGAAGACCCAGUCUCUUUGAUAGAAAGCAUUGAGCCUGUCUUGGACCCUGCUUCCGUCAAGUUUGUCCAUGAAGACGGCGCUAGCGAUAAAACCACUUCAUCUGUUCCAGUUCACUUUCAAGAAUUGGCAUCGUUUCUCGACAAAGGAGAUGCAACGCUUCGCCUUUUCCUGUGGCGCAGAUUACAAGACGCUUAUCAGGCUAUCGAGUACACCCCAAAAGUCGUGUCGUGCCAACUUAGGAGUAUUGAGGCAAUUAUCAACGAACUUCGGGGAAAGGUUUAUCUCGAGACGCAAGAUGAUCGGGCUUCAAUUCUGCUUCGGUGGCUAAAGUCCAUUAAUAAUAUCUUAUCCAAACUUCUACCGCAGCUGAUCGAUGAUCCCGCCAAGUCAUUCGAAUGUAUCGACGUCGACCACUUGCAUUCUUCAAUGACUGCUGUCGCCCACCUAGCACGGCUUCUUCACAGUUUUACUCUAUAUGAGGAUGCAGUCAAAGUAGGGCAACGGCCGCCGUUGGAGCUUCGAGGAGCUUUAGGGAAAUCUCUAGACAAUUUCAAGGAGAAACUUCGAGAUAUGCAAGUUAGGUGUUGGGUUCUCCAGUAUAUGCUGUUGAAGGAGUAUAUGACACAGGAAAAGGAAAAGUUCCCUACGCCAUCAGACGAUCAGAUACAGUAUCUAAGAGCCGUGCACAAUGCGCUCGGGGUUCGCUCAGCUUGCAAAUAUGCUGACAAGCUAUUACUCCGACUGAUGAAAUCUGAGCUUCUGAGCCUUGAGACUCAGGAAGAUUGCGAGUUUGAUAUUGCACAAGUCCUUCUUGAUUUGCACGGCCUCAAGUUCUCCAUCCAGAUGGGUACUUCUGAUCACGGAUGCCCGAUAGAAAAUCCCGACUCAGAAUCUGCAUCGAUGAUGAUAGAUUUUGUCCUCAUGCAAGUCAACCGGCUGAACAUGAAAGAUCUGUCUAGGUCGGACUUGAAGACAACUAUUGAGAAGGUACAGCAGGCUAUUGGGCCGAUCAAACAUCCUUCGUUAUCAUUCAACAAGCGAAUCGUGUCAGCCUAUCUUAAAUCCCCUAUCAAUCCAUCAGAACUUUUCGAACUUGUGCGAGGCGUCGGUGGUCUCGUAUUGAGGUCCCUACCUAUAUCCCAUUCUGAAAAUGCAAAGAAAGGCUGGUAUUUCUUACUCGGUCAUGCGUCUUUGACGAAGUUUCGUUCUCAAAAGCGCUUGAAUGCAGUACCUACUAAUGAUCUAGACGACGCCAUUGGAUACUUUCGACAAGAUCUGGAGUAUGCGACAGAACGCUGGGAGACAUGGUAUAGACUUGCUCAAACAUACGAUUCCAAGCUUGAAGAAGAUAUUAUGUGGUCUGCUGACAAGAUCAACAAUAAUCAAGCCGAGCUAGCCAGCAGUCAACGAUGUGCAAUUCAUUGCUAUGCCAUGGCAGUUGCUGGUGCAUUAAAAGCUGCUGAUGAUGAUUCAAAGACACGACAGACAAUCUCGGAGCUGUUCACUGACUUUGGAAUGCGCCUGUAUGCAUCUUCGCGAGAACCGCUCAAUAUGGCUGCUUUCAGUCUCGAAGAUUUUGAACGUCAUUAUAGCCGCUUUGACAGCCAGGAAGUAUACACGGGUAAACCAUUCAAAGAACUAGAGAUCUACUCCGUUUGGAGUCUUGCAGCUCACAUGUUCAGGCGUGCUAUGGUUGAGAAACCUACCAACUGGGUUAACCACUAUAUGCUAAGUAAAUGUCGUUGGAAGAUGUUCAACAGUGACGAAGCGACGCGAGGCCGUGGUAAAUCGGUGACAAUAGAUGAUGUCUUGAAUCCUCUACUUGAUGCGAUUGAAGUAUUACCGCAACGAAAAGAAAGGAGUUCAUUACCAGACCGGAUCCUUGAGCCACACUUUCGGCUAGUUUCUGUACUUCACAAACUUGUUUUGCGACAUCAACUCGAGCCCAGCAAAGCUGGAGAGAUUCUAGCCGAAACUUCUUGGUCUAAGAAUCUGUCGCCUCCUCAGAAUACGGAAGAAUGGAAGCCUUAUGUACUGGACGUCCUGAAGAAACUCAAACAUGCGGACAAAUCUAACUGGCAUCAUCGCAUACUUUCAAGGAUGGCAAAGGUUCAUUACGAUGGCCAUGGUGAUGUUGAUGCGGCAACAGCAGCAAAGAACGAAUUGAUGCCUCAGAUCUUUACCAAAACCAUGGUUCUGCAAGUCUGGCGUCCAGAGUAUGAAAGACCUGGACGACAUUUCGUCUAUACCACUCAAUAUGUGGCUUACUUCACCAAAUUGUUGGACCGAAUCAGUGAUCAUGUUAACCUCGAACAAUUACUACGACGAGUGAGAAAGAAGCAAGGAGACUAUAUCAAUCAUACGAAGCUGUGGGAAGAUAUGUGUAUUGUGUAUGCAAAGCUUGUUCGGCGUGCGGGAAAUAUUACCGAACACUAUGAAGAGGGCGUCUUCAAGCAGGUUGGCUGGGAUGAAUUCGUUGCAAAUACCGCUCGUUUGGAUGAUUUCAAAGAUCUUCCGACAACCAACGGGCCAACGAUGGACUUGCUUCGGGAAGCAGUGGAGUUCAAGAAACUAAACAACAAUCUCAUCAAAGUUACCAUGUUCGAAGACCUCACCGCUGACAUUUAUGCGCGGUUGUACGAGGAGAAUAAACAUCGUUUCAUUGAACAGGCAAAUGAAGAGAAUAGGGGAAGGAUGAGAGUUGACCAUCUUCUGAUGAAUACCGACGGCUCUGCAGAUGUACCUACGCCUCCUACAUCAGCUCCCGCAUCGGAGGCACCAGUACCACGCGGUCGAACAAAGGGUAUUUCCCGCAGGGACAUUCAGAAGCGAGCCGAAGCCAUUGUCAGUCGUCAUACUCGACCUGCGGUAACGAAGACGGCUGCUACCCCGGUUGAUGAAGAGAAAUUUUCUACUGCACCGAUUGUCCGGGUUCCUACUCUUAACAACAUUCAGGAACUCGCGACAGAAAACAAGUCUGCACAACAGGAUAGUAUGUCUGCCAGUUUACAUGAGAGUGCCGACGAUGAAAGUGAACUGAGUGAGGUUGAUGAGGAGUACCUUGCCAAGCUCAAAGCAGAACAAAGUCUUUUGUUUCCAAAUUUGAAAUCCAUGAAAUCCCCAGAACCAGUCUCAGAGCUAUCCACGGCAGUCAGUGUUGAUGGGGACGGGAAUGAGAAAGACAUGACUCUUGACGAUGAAAACAAUGAAGCUGAUGGUGAAGACGACAUGGAAGGAGAGGAUGGAGAUACAGAAUUCCAAGUAGGCCCGGACGAAGAUGAAGAGAUGGGGAACGUCGAUGAAGAACCAGAAGAUGUGGACAUGGAUGUCGACAAAGUGGAUACUGAAUUCGACGGAGACACUAACAUCGAAGAAGUCGGAGAUGAAACAGUGAUAACUUUGAAAAAGGGCGAUGAGACCGAGCAAGAAGAAAGCAUGGUCCAGCCCAAUGGCAAGGAGACUGAAAAUUUGGCCGAGGAAGAGAAAGGAAAAGAAGACGAAGAGAACAAACCCGCAACAAUUAAUGGGCCUGGCGAAAGUGAAGCCUCAAAAGAUCUCUGA